CCUAAGAUGCAACACUUGUUUGGUGCUUCUCAUGUGUAAGAUGAACCUUACUGAAAACCAAAAUUUUCAUUAUUUAAGAGCAAAAAGAAGAAGCAGAGCACGCUCAAUAGUAGCCAGCUUCGUCGAAAGUAGGCCGGCUGCCAUGAAGGUGGUGGUGUUGCCCGCGCCCUUCCAAGGCCAUCUGCCUUCCAUGAUCCAACUGGCCAAGCGCUUCGCCGUCCAGUGCCCAAGUCUGUCCUUCACCAUCAUACUCAUGGGCACCCCCUCCUUCUCCACGGCCAACGCCGCCGCCAGCAUCGCCGCGGAGAAGGCCUCCGGAGUCGACAUCGACUCCAUUGAGAUCCCGUCGGUGCAACUCGCUAACCCUGAGAAUAUCAAACCCUUGACUCAGUUAUCGCUCUACACAGAGUUUCAUCGUGCGUCGCUCUCCGACGCGCUGCGGUCCCUACAGGCCUCCUCCACCCCCAUCUCGGCCUUCCUCAUCGACUUCUUCUGCACCAACGCCAUCGACGUCGCCACGAGCCUCUGCAUCCCAACCUACAUCUUUUUCACGUCCAGCGCCGUUCAGUUGGCCCUGAUGCUCCACCUCCCGAAGCUCGACCUUGAAACAAAGUCGGAGUUUCGGGAGUUGACGACAAAGCUUGAAGUUCCGGGAAUGUUGCCGGUGGAUCCUCGGGACCUGCCGGCGCCCGUUUUGCUAGACCGAAAGAACGACGAGUACAAGUGGUUCCUCUACCACUGCAAGCGCUUGCCAGAGGCAAGAGGCAUCCUCGUGAACAGCUUCCUCGACCUGGAGCCGACGGCCUUCAAGGCGCUGGCAGAAGGGGAGUGCCUUCCUGGUGGUCGGACUCCAGCAGUGUAUGCCGUGGGCCCGAUGAUUGGUAAUCCCGAAACCACGUCUGGCGUAGGAGACUCGAGCCACGAGUGCCUCAAGUGGCUGGAUGAACAUCCAGAUGGGUCAGUGGUAUUCCUCUGUUUUGGCAGCCGGGGAGCGUUUGUAGCGGAGCAGAUCAGGGAGAUCGCGCGUGGGCUCGAGCUCAGCGGGUACCGGUUCCUUUGGUCGGUGCUGCCGCCGUCUCACCGGCGGCCGGGGGUCUCCAUCCACCCAACUGUGGAUCCCUUUGAGGCUUUGCCCACUGGAUUCAUCGAGCGGACCAAAGGGCGGGGCCUGGUCUGGAGUGGGUGGACGCCGCAGGUGGCCAUACUCUCGCACCGGGCGACGGGUGGGUUCGUGUCGCACUGCGGGUGGAACUCGACCUUAGAGAGCGUCUGGUUUGGGGUGCCCCUCAUUGCCUGGCCUUUGUACGCAGAGCAGAGAAUGAACGCAGUGGAGAUAGUGAGGGACAUAGGAGUGGGGUUGGGCCUGGAGAAGGAAGGCGGCGACGGCUCCGACGGCGGGUUGGUGAGAGGGGAGGAGUUGGAGAGAGCAGUGAGGACGUUGUUGGAAAGCGAGAAAGGCAGGAAGGUGAGGGAGAAGAUGAAGGAGAUGAAGGAGUUGGGGAGGAGGGCCGUGGAGGAUGGCGGGUCUUCCGAAACCAGUUUAGCCGAUGUGAUCCAUGAAUGGGUCGAGGGCAGCUCGCUCAUCCCUAGUCCAUGAAAUCUCUGAAAAAACUUUUCCAGCCAGUUCCUGAAAUGUUGUGACAUCUAGCGUCGUUGCCUUUGAAAAUAAGAUCUCCAACUUGCACCUACGUGUACUAGAAGAGACCUUCAUUUCCAAUCAAUCGUUUUCUUCCUCUGAAAUAAAAUGGCUGAGAAGAUUCUCUGCAAUUCAAUUAGUAGUUUACCUUUA